AUGGACCACAAAGUCGACCUCGAAGCUACUAAGGUGGAAGAGGUCGGGAGAAAGUCAGACAGCCAGGAGCUGGAGCUUGAGCUUGUUGAUACUGACCCUGACACCAUCCUCGCUGUUGAUCUUCAAAAUAAGAAGGCCGUGAAAGGUGACGAUUCCGACGGGAAGGUUGACUGGAACUGGAAGCAGCGCAUUGCUGUUUUCUUUCUCAUUUGGCUCUAUACAGGCUCUCAAAUCCCCGCCUACUUCAUCGGCGGGCCCCUGAGCUACAUAUCGGCCGACUUAAGCGGCACAGUUGCUGCAGGAUGGCUGCCGGUCACGUACGGUUUAUCUGCCGCCGCCGUGAUCCCCAUGUGUGGAUAUUUCCAAGAUAUGAUAGGUCGCCGCUAUGUGUGUCUUGCUGGAAAUGUUGCGCUCCUGGUUGGCUGUCUCAUCAUGGCAUUGGCACACUCGUUCAGUGUGGGUAUUGUCGCGAUGUCGAUUUGUGGUGUUGGUGCCGCCAUUGGGGAAAUGACCGCGUUAGCUGGCACGUCUGAACUUGUGCCUGUGAAACGUCGUCCUGUCUAUGUUGCCUUGUUGACAAUCAUGACUGUCCCAUUCUACCCCUAUGUCAUGGAAUCGCAGUUAUUGGCUAGAGACGUCAGCUGGCGUUGGGGGCUUUGGAUAUGUUUCAUCUGGAACGCGAUGAGCUUCGUUGCCCUGCUUUUCACCUACUUCCCUAGGUCGCAGACCCGAGCCCACACCAAGGACUUGAGACAACUCUUGACUAAAAUCGAUUACCUUGGCCUUUUCACAUCCUUUGCAGGAUUGGUCCUUCUUCUCGUCGCUCUCGAGGCAGGAGGCUACAGCUACCCCUGGAAAAGCGCCCGUGUCAUCUGCCCACUUAUUAUUGGUGUGCUUCUAAUCGUUGUUUUUGUUGUAUGGGAGUGGAAGUUUGCUCGAUUCCCAAUGGUGCCCGGUGCACUCUUUAAGGGACAAAAGCUCGUGACUGUUGGAUAUCUCAUUGCAACGGUCGCAGGCAUGAACUUCGCUGCUCUCCUCAACCUCCUCCCUACUGAAUGGGCUGGCGUUUGGGACCCUGAUCCAGUCCAGGCAGGUAUUAAGGGCUUGAUCGCUUCCUUUGGUGUCGUCACAGGGGCAGUCUCGGGAAAUCUAAUUCUCCCAAGAGCAGGACGCUGGACCCGGGAACUAAUGAUAUUCUAUGUUGUGCUAAUGACUGCAUUCCAAGGUGCGUUCUCAAUCGCAAAGCCAGAUAAUGCAGCAGUUGCGGUUACCCUUGCCGCAAUUGGCUGCAUUGGAGUGGGAGGCGUUAUCACUCCAUCAGCUACACUCGCCAUGAUGGCUUGUCCCGAUUCACUGCUCGCAACUUGUGUGGCACUCUCACUGGCGAUCCGCACUGCGGCUGGCAGCAUCGGCUAUGCCAUCUACUUUAACGUCCUUGAGAACAAACUCAAAAACACGCUGCCGACAAGGGUGGCGGAGUUUGCUGUCGCAGCAGGACUUCCAGCUUCCGAGGGCGCAACCUUUGCGGGCUUAUAUCUCACCACGCCGCAGAACGCGACCAGUCUACCUGGUGUUACGGCAAAAGUGCUCGAGGCAGCUGUGAUAGGCGUCAGAUGGGGCUAUUCAGACGCUUUCAAAUACGUUUGGUACACCAGUAUCCCCUUUGGAGUCCUUGCACUAGUUGCGGCUUGCUUCGUCCCCAAGUUGGAGAAGCAUAUCACCAACAGAAUUGCUGCAAAGAUUGACUAG